CAGCAGCUUCCGCCUCGCCGGGCGCGGGAUAAUUUGAAUACAGCGGCGGGGCAGCGGGCUUGGCUGGGGAGAGCUCGCCAGCUCUGAGGUGCAGGGUUUCAGUUAAGAAGAUGUCAGCUUUUACUCCAAGAAAGAGGAAGCAGAAUUCUUUGAACUGUGACAACCUAUUAUCUGACAUUCCAUCAAAGAAAUUAAUUUUGGAUUUUACUGAAAAUAUGUUUUCAUCACCUAAUAAAAAAUAUAUUUGCCAAAAGAAUGAAGAAAACUGCUGUCAACCAGACCAUUUCACUUCAAGUCUUCUCAAAACAACUAAAACAGAGAGAUUACCAUCUGCAAAUCAAGGUUCACCUUUUAAAUCAUGUGUGUCUACUGUAUCCUUUUACAACAAAAAUAAUAGUAAGUGUUACCUCAAUCCAUUGGAGAGAAAGAUGAUAAAAGAGAGUAGAUCCAUUUGUCUAAAAACUAAUAAUGAAGAUACAUCUUUUCCCAGUGUGACAGAAAAAAUGCAGGAAAAACCAAUCUGCUCCAAGAAGAUAAAGAAAAAACCACAGAAGAGUUUAACUGCUAAGUGUCAACCAAGUUAUAAGUGCAACAAACCUGUAUCAAAGAAUUCUAAAAAUUCCAAGCAAAAUCGAGUGGCCUACAGACCAAUUGUAGGGAAAGAGAAUAGUUGUUAUUCAGCUGAAAAUAAUUUAAAUGCUCCUCGAGUUCUAAGCCAAAAAGUCAAACCACAAGUAACACUCCAGGGUGGAGCAGCAUUUUUUGUUAGGAAAAAAUCCUCUCUUAGAAAAUUGUCUCUGGAAAACAAGCCAUUACUGGGACUCACCCAGGAGAAUAAAUCAGAAAUGAUUAAAGAUUCUGAUGUAGAGACUGUCAAUGAAAGAAAAAGUUUGGAGACAAGGCAAGUGCCAAAGUGCUUGUUGCCACAAAAGGAACUGAACAUUGAGCUUCUGGGUAUAAGAAAUAAAAAUGAAGAGAAAUUAAUAAAGGAUUUAUCAAGUGGAGUAGUUUCUUCAAGAGAGUAUAAAUCUGAAGAAAAUAAGUGUUUUUCUUCAGAAGAUUCUCACAGUGAAAACAAGGCAGUUUCUUCUGAGUCCAUUGUCUAUCCCAUCUUCAGUACAUCUUCAGCCAAUACAAAAAGAUCUCUAGUUGGAGAACAGUCUUCUGCGGCAUCCAUCACACCUACUAACUUUUUGAAACAGACCAAUACACAGAAAAGUAUUAAUGCCAGAGAUGCAAACAAAGGAACAAAAAACCAGUUCGUCAUUGACGCAGGUCAAAAAAAUUUUGGAGCCACCAUGUGUAAGUCUUGUGGCAUGAUCUAUACUGCUUCCAACCCUGAAGAUGAGCUGCAGCAUGCUCAGCAUCACCACAGAUUUCUGGAGGGAAUCAAAUACACAGGGUGGAAAAGAGAACGUGUAGUAGCAGAGUUUUGGGAUGGGAAAAUUGUGUUGGUCCUGCCACAUGAUCCAAGUUAUGCUAUCAGAAAGGUAGAAGAAGUGCAAGAACUUGUUGAUAAUGAAUUGGGCUUUCAGCAAGUUGUUCCCAGAUGUCCAAACAAAACCAAAACAUUUCUCUUUGUAUCUGAUGAAAAGAAAGUAGUUGGGUGUUUAAUUGCAGAGCCCAUCCAACAGGCCUUCCGUGUCCUGUCUGAACCAACCAGCCCAGAAUCCCCAGGCUCCAGAGAAUGUCACAGGGCUUGGCGAUGUUCCAAUGAGCCAGUACCUGCAGUCUGUGGGAUAAGUAGGAUCUGGGUCUUCAGGUUUAAGAGAAGAAAACGCAUUGCAAGACGACUGGUAGAUACGCUCAGGAAUCGCUUCAUGUUUGGCUGUUUUCUCAGCACUAAUGAAAUAGCAUUUUCUGACCCAACACCAGAUGGCAAGUUAUUUGCAGCCAAGUACUGCAACACCCCUAAUUUCCUUGUAUACAAUUUUAAUAGUUAAAGCCAAUUCCAACUGUAGAAUAAUUAUUAUAUGGAUGAAUUAAGACAACUUCUUAUCAUAUAACUACUUAGCAAAUAUCAAAUAAAAAUACUGAAACGCGCGCGCGCACACACGCGUGCACACACACACACAACCUGGCUGUUUUAAUCCUAUAAAUUGAAAAGUCAGGGAAAGAUAUCUUGAAAAUUAUCUGGAGAUUCAAAGAAAGGAAAAACCUUUUGGAUGAUGUGUACUGACUAACACUCUGAAUCCUUAAUUAUGAAACUUUGUAGAUAUAAUUGGAAAAUUACUUGCCCCUUACAUAGGAAUACUGACAUGUUUUCCAUAGAAAUGUGACCCUUUAUAUUUAAUUAAGCACUUUUGAACCAGGAUUAUCUCAAGCUUAAUCAGAAGCAAACAGGAAAAUUUAAAGACAAAUAAUUUCCUUGCUAAUUUUUAAAGUAAUUCCUGAAUUCUGUACACAGAAUAGGUAGCAGCUUAAAUAUAUUCAGAAAGUCUUUAAAUGUCUAAUUUGUACAAUAGUAAGGAAACAUGGUAAAGAAUAAGAUUUUCAUGUAGAACAUAAUUCUAUAGUUUGUUUUCCACUUUUUAGAAAUCUUUACUCAAGAAAUUCUCACCAGAUUUAAUUAAAGUUAAACUUAAUUGCACUACUGUCAUUUAAUUUUUGGUAUAUGGAUGUUAAUUAUGCUACUUAUCUUUAGUGUACUUACUACUGCUAAUUGGAAUGAUCAACUAAAUGAAUGCCCUAUUGGGAUGAUUCAUAUUGUUACAUUGUAAAAUUUUUGCAUGUCUAAAAUACAUCUUAUUCUAACAAAUGUAUAUCUAACAAAAUGUAUAGUAUCAGAACCAAGGUUAGUGAAUAAAUAUAUCUAGGUUGAUGGGCCAGAGAACAUGACAUUAUAUGUUUGGCUGUUUUAAUCUAAAUGUUUUAAUCUCUCUAAAAAUCAGUUUUCUAGUAUAAUUCUUGGGUAUUUUGAAAAGCAAAGAAUUAUUCAGAUUGUUGAUUCUAAAAAACAUUUAAUUGCUAUCUGGCAAUAAUACCCUAGGGAAAUAGUUUUCCAGGUUAUGACUUUAUGUAGAAUAUGUUCAUUGCAUUCUUUUAUUUGCCUGUAAGUUAACAUGGUUCCAAAAUUUAAAGGCUUGAGUUCCAAAAAGAAUGUGGAAGUGUUAAAAAUGUGUGUAAUUAUGCAAACAUCUUAUUUUCUGCACUACUGUUUUUCUUUUAAAUAUUUUAUUUUAAAAGUUUUAUUAACAUUAUUUGCUUGUUCAAUGCUUUUGUGAUAGAUCAAUUAAAAUUCUUUUCAAUAU